UCAUCUUCUCUUUUCGUGGUUGCUGGGCUUUGUUUCUUGGCAAGAGGUGUAGAGAUUGAACGCGACGCUUCUUCGGCUCCUGCGUGGCUGUUCGACUUCGCUCCUUCGACGACUUUCCCUUCCUGUCGGAUCGGAAGUUACGACAUUUGAUCGGAAGACAACGGGAGCUCGCUGGCUGCGAAGGUCUUCGGCCAAAUCCCGUUAAUCCGCCGAACCGAGGGAUUAAGUAAAUCCCGGAUUUCUGCCGUAAAUCCUUAAAUACGGGAUUUAUCCAUCCCGGGGAUUUGAAGCGCGCACAAAAACCGUGUGGCUGGAUUUAACGUAAAUCCCGCUUAAAUCCCGCUGCCCGAAAUGGCAAAGAUGAAGGUGAAAUCCAUGGCCGCCAGCGGAAAGAAGAAGGGUGGGAAGAAACGAAAGCCUUCCGGACCUAUGGUGGCUUCAAUGAAAAUAUCGAAACAAAGUGGGGCCAACCCCUUUGAGACCAUUUGGUCCCGCCGGAAGUUUGAUAUACUUGGGAAAAAGAAGGGCAAAGGAGAGGAGGUCCGAAUGGGUCUCUCACGUUCCCUUGCAAUCGAAAAGAGGAAGAAAACUUUAAUGAAGGAGUACUUGGAAAGCACCAAGUCGGCCAAGUUCAUUGACCGGCGGCUUGGAGAGAAGGACGAUACUCUCCAAGAAUUUGAUAAGGCAAUCUUACGCAUGCAGCGUGAGCGGCAGUCAAAGAUAAAACGAGCAAGCAAAUAUAACCUGUCCGAUGAGGAGGAAUAUGAUUCUACAUUUCCUCGAGCAGAUUUCUUCACAGAACUGGAUGAUUUUAAUGAACAAGUGCCACUAGAUGAUGAUGAACAUGAUGGGAUUACAGGUGUUCCAGAAUUAUCAAGAAAUUUGCAUUUGCACCAAACGCAUGAUUCAUUGGAAAGUGAAUCACAGGAUGGAACAGAAAAGAGACGCAAGUCCAAUAAACAAGCAUACGCAGAAGUAAUAGCAAAGGAUAAAUAUUUUAAGGCCAAAAGGGCAGAAGAAAGAGAAGAUAUGAACCGUGAAAUAGCUGCAUUGAACAAAUUAACAGAUGAGUUGGAUGAACGCAUAGUAGCUCUCAGCAGCCGGGACUUGAAACAUUCUUCUAAAAAACAAUCUGAUGAUAUGUUUGACACAUAUUAUAAAACCAUGGGAGAAUUGCAUUUUGAACCUAGAGCUCGUCCUUCAGAUAGGACAAAGACUCCAGAAGAGAUAGCUCAAGAAGAAAAAGAAGCUCUGGAGAAAUUAGAGGAGGAGCGCCUGAACAGGAUGCAUGCUACUGAUGAAGAUGAAGAUUAUGAUGGUUCUGAAGAUGAGAUGAAGUCAUCAUCCAGAUUGGAUAGAUAUGUUUCUGGUGAUGAUCUUGGAGAUUCCUUUUCGACGAUCAAGGAUAGUGGGAAGGAAAAGGGUUGGGUUGAUGCCAUAUAUGAAAGGGAAGAAAAUGAGGAUCAUGAAGAAGAAGAUGGCACAUCUUCUGAGGGUUCAGAAGGUAAUGAUGAUGAUCAAGAAGGAAGUGAUGAUGAUAAUGCCAAUGGUGAUAAUAUGUCCUCAAUCCAAGAUUGGGAACAUAGUGAUACUGAUGAUGAUAUAGGCGUUGAUGAAGAAGCACAGGAACCUGAUGAGAAAGAUAUUGCUAAAGCAAGCAUGGAUGUUUUGAAAAAUGAUUCAAUCAAUUUUCAUAAAAUAGAGGUUAAUGAGAAACAUGCUAAGGUCCAAGAAGAGCUUCCUUAUGUUAUUGAAGCUCCAAAGAGUUUGUCAGAAAUUUGUUCCUUGCUAGACAAUCAUUCUGAUGCAGAAGUAGUUGAGAUCAUUAGAAGGAUUCGUGCAUACAACUCGAUCAGUCUUGGCGCAGAGAACAGAAGGAAAAUGCAAGUGUUCUAUGGUGUUCUUUUAAAUUAUUUUGCAGUCUUAGCAACUCAAAAACCUUUAAAUGUCAAGAUAAUUAAUUCGCUUGUCAAACCUUUAAUUGAGACUGGAGCAGAAGUUCCAUAUUUUGCAUCUGUUUGUGCCAGACAACGAUUGAUACACAUACGGACAAAAUUUUCUGAGGAUAUUAAGAUUCCAGGGAAAAGCAGUUGGCCUUCUUUAAAGACACUGAGUUUAUUCAGACUAUGGUGUCUAACAUUUCCUUGCUCAGACUUCCGUCAUGUUGUGCUGACUCCUGUGAUCCUCUUGAUGUGUGAAUAUCUGAUGCGCUGUCCCAUCACUUCGGGCCGAGAUAUAGCUGUUGGGUCUUUUUUGUGUUCCAUGUUGCUCUCUGUUUCUAAACAGUCCCAGAAAUACUACCCCGAGGUUAUAAGUUUUUUUCAAAUGCUUCUAAUGUCAAGUAUGGAGAGAAACUCGAAAAUCGAACAACAUUCUCAGAGUCAUCUGGAGUUAAAAAUAUCACGGCCAUGGCUCCAUAUAGAUGAUGAAGGGUGCGCUGUGCAUCAUAUUGAUUUGUUCAUGAUUUUGGAGAUGGCAGAUGAAUCGGCUUAUUUUAUGUCUGACAAUUUCAAGGCAAGCAUGUUAUCAUUUUUGGUUAAGAUCUUGAUAGAAUUCGUUGAUAUGUAUCAAAGUCUGAGUUCCUUUCCAGAAAUAUUCUUGCCAAUUGCAGUCAUGCUUCAUGAAGUUCUUCAUGGUGCCAAACUACCAGGAAUUUUACGAUCAAAUAUGGAAGAAGUUGCUGGUUUAAUAAGAACGAAAGCUUCUGAGUACCAAUUAUCAAGGCAGCCACUCCAAAUGAGAAAACGGAAACCAGAACCAAUCAAGCUAAUGAAUCCAAAAUUUGAGGAGAAUUUUGUCAAGGGUAUAGAUUAUGAUCCUGACCGUGAAAGGGCUCAAAGGAAGAAGUUAAAGAAACUGUUAAAGAAAGAAGCAAAAGGAGCUGUGCGUGAACUGCGUAAGGAUAACCAUUUCUUAUUUGAACUUAAAGAGAGAGACAGAUUGUUGCAGGAUGAGGAAAGAUCUGAAAAAUAUGGUAAAGCACUGGCUUUCCUACAAGAACAGGAACAUGCCUUCAAAUCUGGGCAACUGGGAAAAGGAAGAAAAAGGAGAAAAUGAAGCUUUUCUGUUGUUUUCUCUGGUUCAUACACAUCUGCUCUCUUUUUUGCAUUCAUAAAGGGUUCAUUGGCCGAAGCUGAAUGAGAGAGCAGCCGGAGCUAAUUUAGUUCCACAAGGAAAAAUGAAAUCUGGCAAUGUGUGUACAAGGUAAAAAGAGAAUACCAGUUUGUUUAUUGAUGCCCAAGUCAACUGCCAAAGUUUUGUAACUUAAAUGUUAUUCACUAAUUUUGUAACAUCAAGAGAAGUAAAGAAGAUCAAUUAUUUAUCCACAUAUUUGAUAAUGUAUA